GGGGCCGGGCGUGGCCGCGCGGGGAGGGCGCAGUCCGCUCGGCGGCGCGGGGCCUGCGGGCUGCUCGGGGCUGCGGGCCGCCACCGCCCGCCCUUCCCUCCCUCGCCCGCUCACCGGGUCCUUCCCUUUGUGUUCGCCUCCUGCUGCCGCCAUGCCGCGCCGCCCCGCGCCCACCCCGCUGUGGCCCGGCGGCCCCCGCUCGCCGCCGCUCCGCUGAAGGAAAGGGAGGAAGAGGAGGAGGAAGCAGCGAGGAGGAGGCUGCCCGGCCGCCGCCUCAUGCCGCGGCCCCGUCCCGCCGCCAGCCGGGGGACCUGCAUGGACGGGCAUGGGGAGAGCUGUGCCUUCCCGCGCCGCCGGGACUGAGCUGCCGCGCCGCCGCGGGCCGCGCUGCCCGUCGCUCGCCGCCUUCGGCCUCCUCGCCGCCCUGGGGCUGCUGCUGGGCCCAGGUGACUGCCAGCUGCAAACACCUUGUCGAAUCCAGAAGUGCACCACUGAUUUUGUAUCCUUAACUUCACAUCUGAACUCGGCUCUUGAGGGCUUUGAUUUGGAGUUCUGCAAGGCGCUGCGAGCGUACUCUGCCUGUACCUAUCGCAAUUCCAAAGUAUGCCGGGGAAACCUAGUCUACCAUUCUGCAGUGCUUGGGAUCAGUGACCUCAUGAGCCAGAGAAACUGUUCCAAAGAUGGACCCACAUCUUCCACCAACCCUGAAGUGACUCAUGAUCCCUGCAGUUACAGUGGCCACACAGAAGCCAGAGAACAUCAGGGAGGGGAGGAGACUCCUACUACUACUUACCUCUUUUGUGGCUUGUUUGGGGAUCCUCAUCUGAGGACUUUUAAGGAUCACUUCCAGACAUGCAAAGUGGAAGGUGCAUGGCCCCUCAUAAACAAUAACUACUUAUCAGUGCAAGUGACCAACGUGCCUGUGGUCCCAGGAUCCAGUGCUACAGCCACAAAUAAGAUAACUGUUAUCUUUAAAUCAUACCAAGACUGUACAGAUCAGAAAGUGUAUCAAGCAGUGACUGAUGACUUGCCUGCAGCUUUUGUUGAUGGUACAACAAGUGGAGGUGAUGGGAACACCAAGAGCUUGCAAAUUGUGGAGAAAGUCAGUGGCAAAUACAUCGAAAUGCAUGCCAAGUACAUUGGGACCACAGUGUAUGUACGCCAGCUUGGGCGCUACUUAACAUUGGCCAUUCGCAUGCCUCAAGAGUUGGUCAUGGCCUACGAGGAGAGCCAGGAUCUGCAGCUGUGUGUGAACGGUUGCCCCUCAAGUGAACGUAUUGAUGAUAGUGGCCACUUACCAUUGCCUGUGAUGGUGCAGUUGCUCCCUAAGGGUGGUGCUGCUCAUCCCUGGUCUGUGUACACACUGGAAACUGCCACCACCAAAUGCCAUGAGAAGAUGCUGGUGAAGGACAUCUAUUUUUACUCAUGUGUAUUUGACCUGCUCACCACUGGUGAUGCUAACUUUACGGCUGCUGCUCACAGUGCCUUGCAGGAUGUGGAAGCGCUGCACCCCAGAAAAGAGCACUGGCAUAUCUUUCCCAGCAGUGGAAGUGGUGGUGUGGGCAAGGGUAGCAAAUUCUUUGUCUGUCUGGGACUCGUGUGCUUGGUCCUUGUUGUGUUUUUGUAGGUUUUCUUGUCUAUUACAAAGUUUUGAAAUAUAUAUUGUCAUAAUAUAUUGAGUAAAGAUGAGUAUUAUAUGUGUAUAUACCAUGUAUAUGACAGGAUGUUUUGUCUUGGGACACCCACCAGAUUGUACAUAUUGUGUUAACUGUUUUCAUGUAUGUUUGAUGUAGUAUUCUUUGUAUCUAUUUGUUUUGCAGUUGGUGAAAUGUUUUAUAAUGUCUCUGCAUUGGGACCUGAUAGAAAGCACUUUAUUUUUUAUAUAUUAAAUAUUUAUGUGUGUAUCUGAGUAACUACGUAUUACACAUAUAAACAUGCAUACAAUACUCAGUGAUCCCUCUCUAAGUACUACUUGGUUUAGCAAAUUUGUUUAACUGGAUUAAUUUGUGAGUUUUUAUUGUAAUUUCUCUUACUCUAGAAAUAGCAUGUCUCUUGUCCUGUAAUGACACUGGUGAUUUGAUGGAUUCGCUAGUUAAAAUCAUCAAGAAUUGAAUUGUAUUCUGUUCCUCAAACAAAUGGCCCUCUGUUCUUUGGAGGGAGAGAGUGAAGUUCUUCCUGUUAGCUCAGGUGACCAUCCUGGAUAAUACGAGUUACAGAACCUUCUUUGUAAUUCUGACAUUUCCUAGUUUCAUGGCAUGAGUUUCAAAAAGAAGAAAAGGGAAUGUGUUGGAGUGAGACUUACAUGGCUGUACAGAACCAGUGGGAUGAUCACUUUAAAAGAUAUCAGUGGUCUAGUUGUGUAAGCAUGUAAUACAACUAUUGCAGCUGCCUCUAACCUGAGGGUUAAGUCAUUCUCCAAGAUGGACUGGAGAAAUCACAAGCUUGAAUUCUGUCUCUUGCUUACAUGCUAGUUCUAUCUAUACAUUCAGAAGGAGGAGGGGAAUGAGGCCACAGGCUCUGACUGCACUUACUAAGGAGCUAGGAGAAGAAUGAUUUGGUGGCCUGAAGGUUGAUUUUACUUACUGCCUUAAUCUGCUGCAAGAAGUGGAACCUUUAAUAAUGCUACAAUAAACCCAGCUCCAAGAUGGGCUUAUUUCACUCUUGAAACUGUUCAUCAGAGACUGGACUGGUAUAUUAGAGGUGCUAUCUGAAUAAGAUUCAAACAGCAUUUGCCGUUGUUAAACAAACUUGAGGUAGUGUUUGCCUUGGUGGAGGGAGAUGGAGUUUAUUCAUGGAAUGAAAGCUUCUAGUUUUAUGAAGACACUUCUGGCUAGUUUAGGGACUGAUGACUGGUAAGGACAGCAGUAGUCUUCUCAAAGAAACUAAGUCAUUCCCUGUAUGGGUGGGUAGCUGCAUGCAGAUGUUAUUCUGGGAGUACUUGAGAUGAAAGUGGUCAGAACUGAAUUAAGGCUGAAGGUAAAAAUUUAUUUUAGACUAGACUGUUGGUAGCUUGUUCUGUCUGACUGUCGGAUGGUACUGUUUCAGAUGAGUUGGACUUGUGCAUUUGUAUGUCUGAUAAUGUGGCUCCUGCGGUUUCACCUGAUGGUGACAGGCUUCUCCCUAAUUUGUGUGGAUGAACUUCCUCAUCAGUGCUCUGAAUUUAAAGUUCUCAUGGCUGAAAGCUCAUGGAUGAACCUAGUGUUGCUUGCAGUGGUGCACAUACGUACAGGGCAGGCACCUUAUACUAAUUAAUUUCCUUUGUCCCUGGAUCCUAUAUGUGUGUAUAUAUGCGCUAUAUAUAUGUAUACUAGCAUUGAGUUGGGAGCCUCUCAGAUAAAUAAUUUUUCAGAAGUGUAGUAAUUCCCCUAAAGAGUUUUCCAUUUCCUUGCUCCUGCUGUGGGAUAUCUUGAGGAAAAUGUUAUUUGCACAUGUUCAUUCUUGAAGAGUGCCAUCGCCAAGAGAGCUUUAGUUAAUGCCAAACAUGGAUAUUUUGAAGCUAGUGAAUGGUCUCUGGGGAGAACUUAAGCUUAGAGGGGACACUUUUUUUCACAGGCCCUCCAAAUGGCUGUAUUUUAGAAAGCUACAUGUAUUUUUUUCAUGCUUGGAAUCCCCACGAUGUGUCAGUCUUUGCAAAAUCUUUUAGAUGUGGUUCAUUAAUAUACCAGUAAGUAUAUAUUAGUAUAAAAGAGUGGCUAUGCAGUGUGUAAAUACUUUAAAUUAUUAUGAUAGAAGAAUAAAGUUGCCUACCCUGCUGAGGAACAUCUGUAAUGUGGAGUUAGUGACCUCUGGUGGGGUGCAGAGAAAUUGGGGAUAUGGGCCAUGUACUGGGCAGGCAAUCUGUAAACAAAGCCCCAGUUUGUUUCCUAGCCAUCACUUACUGGAUAGGAAUGUGCUGAGUACAAUCAUUAACUUCCUUGCAGAUGCUUGUUUCUCCUCUGCUAAAUAAGCUGUGUACUGAUAUUUAUGACCAGCAGCUGCAAACCAGGCCGGUUUAUUGAAGACAGAGUGUAUGGGAAACCAACAGCAGGCAACAUCCCCCCAGGAUCCCACUUGUACAGUUCCUUCGCAGUGUUUGUGGGGAUAUUUAAAAGAGCUUUAUCACAGUGAUCUGGUAUUGCUGCAUCCAUCUUGAGAGGCAUUAUGAAAAUCUUCUUUUAAAAUUACUGGAGAGCUUUCAGACCAGAAAAACCCUGGAAGAGAAAAUUACUUGCUGUAAAACUGGAGAAGAGAUUGAGGCAUUGAAAGAAUAAAUUAUACAAAUUAAAUAACUUUGCCCAUAAGAUUACAGAACUUUGUGUAACAAGAUGAUCUGCUGAGCGUACAUGGGAGCUGUAAUAUUUCAGCUCCAGGGCUAAUCACACAGUAUAAAGGUAAAUCGAAAGUGCCAAAACUUAAAACAAGUUGUGUCAGAUACAUACUGAGAAAGAUAGUCCUAAUAAACACAACUCCGAAUGUUGUUUUGGUAAGCUUGUGUAACAGCUAGAAUUUGAGGUGUGUGUGAAACGAUCUUAGGUGGUAGAUAAAUCAUUGAAAUGCUUUGUGGAAACAACUGUAGAAAGCAAAGGGAGCUUUAAAUAUGUAUAUGUUUAGUGUAUACAGGUGGCCAUUGUAUAUGUAAGAGCUUACUUUCAAAGGUGUUGAUCUACCACCAGAAGCUCUGCAGAAAGCAAUACAGCAUGAUCAUCAGUAUUUUAAAGCGACAACUAGUAAACUAUUACUGACGCUAUCUGUUGUCAACCUCUGUCUUUAAAAAGGUGGCUGAUGCCUCAGGUAUUAGUGGCUUAUUCAAAAGGUUAUUUGAAGUUUCUUCUAGAGCAUUUCUAACCAGAGUAUUUCCUUAUCCUGUGCUAACAGAGCUAGCAGCAGCUGAGGGUAGUUCUCUGUAGUUGUGGUGUCUGACAACUUCCCUGGGAAGCAUGUCACAGAAUUCCACAGAGAACCAGCUGCUUAAUCCUUCGUUUUGUAUGGACAUACAGCUCCUGAACAAGUGCAUUAUAAAGGAAUUAGUAUGCUCAACUGACUGUCAAACGAAAAAUUCUUUUUCACUCUUCCUGGAAAACCUGGCUGGAAGAAUAAUCUGGAUAGGGCACCUGUUAAGUGAAACACAGCCUGAGAGAAUGCAGGGUCUAAGAACAAUCUGGCUUUUUUUCUUGUUGUCAAGUUAGGGCCCUUCAGUAGUGCAUUUCCUUUCAAACUGCUGCUGUACUGCCAGAAAAUACAUCACCAACUAUUUACAUUCUCUUACCGUUGCAUUUGGAUACUGUGCAUUUGUUUUAUGGGUUUCGAGGUUGUGCAAGUGGCUAUUUACUUACAUACACCCUGAAGUGAAGCAAGCUUUGCACUGCCUAAUGAGGGUUUUAUUAGUGAAUGUGUUUAGAAAAAAAAGCCUAAGUGGCUUGUGGCUUUCUUCUCUGUUGACAGACUCGUAGCACAGUUUCAAAUCUUACAUUAAUUUUCUUCAUGUAAGUACAGCUGUGGUGUUGUACACUGAAAUUUUCAUGCUUUGGAUUAUUUUAAUUCCCAUCUGUGUCUUGACUGAUAAAAACUGUAUUCUUUCUGUCUUUCCCUAUUCCAGCUAUUAAAGACUGCUAUCUAUACAAUGCCUA